CUGUUAAAUGAGAUUAAAUUCGAUAACGAUUUGAUUUUAGAUGGAUUAGAAAUUUAUAUUAGAUUAAUCAAAUUAGAAAGUGAAGAGGAUUCCAAUUCUUUUCCAGUGGAAACAUAUAAUAAGUUGAUUCAUUCAAUUUUUUUAGAGUCCAUAAAUGGAAAACUAUUGAAUGAUGGUACAAACGAUAGUAUUUUAGUUCAAGAAUUUAAUAAUAAUUAUUUAAAUAAGUUUGACGAUUUUAAAUACUAUUUUUUAAGUGAGAUUAAUUCAGUUCUAUCAGAUUUAAAAGAUUCAAAUUUCAAAUCAGAUGAGUAUAGUGAGGCUCAAAUACAGAGCAUUUUUUCCAACGAAUAUGAGGAAGAAGAAGAAGAAGAUGAUGAUAUUAAAAAAGAAAUAUAUUUUAUAAAGAAUCCUGUUUCAGUUGUAAAAAAACAGGCAAUAUAUUUUAAAAAAUUUGAAGAAAACUGGUUUAUAAUUUUAUCAAAUCCAAAUCUAUUGAAAAUUCAAUUAAAGACCACUUUAUUAAUAUUGCAUAAAAAGAUCAUACCGUAUUUAAAUAAACCAAGCAGUCUUAUGGAUUUUUUAACGGAUUGUUAUAAUUUAAACGAUGAUUUAGUUAUUCAGAUAUUAUCAUUGAAUGGGCUAUUUGAGUUAAUUAAGGAUUAUAAUUUAGAUUAUCCAGAUUUCUAUAAUAAAUUGUAUAAAUUAUUUUUAAAUCCAUUAAUAUUAUCUAAUAAUUACAAAUCAAGAUUGUUUCGAUUAGUUGAAGUUUUUUUUAAUUCCACACAUCUACCAAUUAACUUACUAGCAUCAUUUAUCAAAAAAAUGAGCAGAUUAAGUUUAAAUAACUCAUCAAGUUCAGUUGUUAUAAUCAUUCCAUUUAUUUAUAAUUUGAUAAAGAAGCAUCCCAAUUUAAUGAUAUUGAUUCAUAACAUCAAGGAAAAUGAGAAUCCAAAUUACAAAGAUCCAUUUAAUAAUAAUGAGGAGAAUGUUUAUAAAACAAAUGCAAUAGAUUCAUCUUUAUGGGAGCUUGAGACAAUGAUGACACAUUAUCAUCCUAAUAUUGCAACACUUGCCAAAAUAUUUAAAGAGCCAUUUAGAAAGAUGAGCUAUAAUAUGGAAGAUUUCUUAGAUUGGAGUUAUCAAGGGUUGUUGGAUAGUGAGAAAAAACGAAGAUUCAAAGGAGAAAUAGGAUUAGAAUUUGAAGAAUGGGAACAAAUCUUUGCUGAAUAUAAGGAAAAAAGUGAGGAUGAAGUUUCUAGCCAAUCAGUUUAUUUAGAAGGAUGGAGUUUGUAA